GUUGAUGUGACCGCCCAGUGCUGUUGGGCCCCGAGUGACCCGCUGAGAACCCUAUAGUAAGUACGUGCAAUUCAUCGGUCAAAAGUGCAAAAAUCGUUUGCUUAAUACAACAUGAACAUGUGAAUAAAUUGAUAGUUCCGUAUCUAGGAAUUUUUUCUUCAUGCAGCUAAGUGCUCGUUUUGGUGAUAGUCCAAUCUUCACUCUAGUACUCUCUUGAUUUUUUUUGCACCCGAUCUCGAAUUUUUUGUUACCGUCAGUUCUACAUACUUUCACCCUACUUACACAAUCCAUUUUUUCUACUACAACUACUACUAACCACAUCAACAACAAGCAAAAAUGGUAGUGUUUUCUUGCUGCGGGCGUGUGAACUGGGGUAUGAUCGCCACGUGGGUCACGCUGGUCACGACUGUCAUUUUCAAUGUGCAGUUUUACGCCAUCUAUCGAAAUAUGCAGCAGGGACCGCUGUUUAAUACGCUCUUAACAGAAUACAGUGAUCCAGGGAUAUUGGAAGCUCUCGACCUCUUAGAAGACUUUCAGGCACAGUCUGCACGGUUAACGGAACGGGAAGAAGAUAGAGAACUCCAGUAUGCGUACGACUUCUUAGAACUUCUUGCGACUGCGGAUCCCAGAGGCAAGGAGAUCGAUCAUGCGAGACGAAAACUGAUCUCUUGGUACAUUAUGUGAAACAGGACUACGACUAGUUACUCAAAGCUAAAUCUCCAUCGUUAUGGAACAGUGAGCAUGAACGUCUAAAUACGAGAAGUGAUAUUUACAAGCAGCGAGCGGUCGUUGAACUCACAAAACGUUCAGCUCGACACCCCGCCCUAGUUUAGCGCUCCUCACCCCCACACCUCAACCCGCCUCUUAAACCAACCUAGCGUUUCUUACUAAAAACCAUCCAACUGAACGAACCCCUCAUCUCCACCCUUUCUUUCAUACAUCGCAAAGUCCGGUUAUUUUUCGAAUUCGACCUGUUGUCCAGCGCGUAUCUGCAUGUGAUUCCUGGACGAUCUCGAACCUCCUUCUUCCUCUGGAUAGUGGAGCCUCUAGACCGGCUCUCCCGAGCACUCGAUCAACGCUUACCAAAUCAGAUGUUUGAUUAAGGCUAGAAAUAUCAUGAUGAUGAAAAUGAGAAGGAACUCCAUGAUGAUGAAAAUGAGAAGGAACUCUAGUUUAAAAUGAAAUUGAGGAGUUUGAUUAACAAGGCUGGUAAGGAACUCUAGUUCAAGGAAUCAGAUGUUCAUGUUUGAUUAACAAGGCUGGUAAGUAAGGACCUAGAAAGACAAUCUGUAGUGCACUUACAUUAGAAGUAGUGCUUUGGGUAGAGCGUCAACUAAUGCUUUGGGUAGUGCACUUACAUUAGAAGCAGUGCACUUACAUUAAAAGAUCAUUCUAAUCUGUCUUCUUUCGCGAGCAGUACAACUUAGGCGCUAGGAGCUUGGAACUCGACCAUACAAGACUUUCGCCAGCUCUCAAGGCAAGAGCGGAGUCGAGGGCAAUUGUGGCUGCCAAUCUACGAACAGAGAUAGAUCAUGAGAAGAAUAGGUUAGAGUUAAGGGUACAAGAAAUCCAUCUUCACUGUCAUCUUGGUCCCGUUUUUAAAGGCAAAAGGAGGCCCAAGAUGCUGCUGAAGAUGGAUUUCCAUUAGUUCUAAUAGAGGCGAAGGAAGGAGAUGAGGCAACAAGCACUUUGGAGGGUACUUCAGAAUUUGUGGGCGGAGGUGGAGGUAGUGCGAGGUACGAGAAACCGCCUAAUUUGCAGGAAGAUUUGUAGUGGAGAAGAAUGGAGUAAGUGACAAGAGACACCUACUAGUACUACGGCUAUCUUCCCUAUCGAUUUCUAGCCGGAUUGUGUGAAAGCCGUGUCUCAUCAUGAUAAGGUCACGCCUCGUUCUCUUGAGGAUGUCUCCUUCUGCUCUAAGAUUCUUGACAUGAAUGCAUGCGAAAACAACCCUUUUUUGACAGAUUUUUGUGUCUGCGCUUGUUACCAUGUGUUACAGAUGAAGAGAGUGUGCGGACAUGAUGUAGAAAUCUGUCAUGAUGCAGC